AUAAAAUCCUAAACAUCUUUUUAAUCUUUGAAAUAGUAUGUAUCCCUAUCGUUUAUCUCUUAUUACCUUCACUUGACAACCUGAAGAAAGUGCUCAAGGAAGAAGAUAAGGACUACGUGAGUUCAUAAUCAUCUAAUCGAUCAAGAUGGCGAAUAAUCCUUUAGCGUGUUACCGUUCCAAAUCAAAAAUCAACUAUGAGGCCCUCCGAAUGGCUUUAUACACAGAGGACUUGGUUCAAUACAAAGAGAAUAUUUGGCGAACUCUCGAGACUGAUCCAGUUUUCGCCCAUUCGAGUAAAACCCCUGCCUUAGAAGAACAGAGGAAGAUCACUUUUGAGAGAGUGAUUCAGCUCCUAAAACACGACUUCCUAUCGAAUGAAGCCCUAAUGGAGAACCCUAUGCGAUAUCCUGCCUACGUGUCCGCUAUUGGGAUGUAUGAUUGGUCUUUGCUUGCUAAGAAAUCGUUGAUGUACGAGUUCUGCUCAUCAGCCAUUAGAGGCUCUGGUACCAAAGAUCAAGCACAGAUUCUGGAGCAAUUCCAGAAGGAGCAAGUCAUUGGAUGCUUUUGUCUGACCGAGGUUAGCCAUGGAUCUAACACCAAAGCAAUGAGGACCACCGCCAAAUUCGAUGUGCCUUCGCAACGUUUCAUCCUGAACACACCAGAUUUCCAAGCCGCCAAAGUUUGGUCAGGCAAUUUGAGUAAAACCGCCACUCACGCCAUCGUAUUUGCCCAACUUAUCCCGGCAAAUGGCCAAUCCUGCGGACUUCACUCGUUCAUUGUGCCCAUUCGAGAUCCAAAGACUCUCUUGCCUAAACCCAGGGUUACCAUCGGUGACAUGGGCGAGAAGGUAGGGCUGAACGGCUUGGACAAUGGGUUCAUGAUCUUUGACCAUUACGCCAUUGAGAAAUCUUGCCUCUUGAACAAGCUAGGUGAUGUCAAUCCACAAGGAGAGUACGUCUCACCUUUCAAGGAUCCAAAUCGGCGAUUUGGAGCUUCAUUGGGAGCUCUCUCCUCUGGACGAACUGGAAUCAUGACCAUGGCUAAUGCCAAUCUUCAUCUGGCCAUCGUGAUAGCCAUGCGAUAUUCUGCCUCUCGACAACAAUUUGGAUCCAAUCAUCAGGGAGAAGAGCUUUCAGUUUUAGAAUACCAAGCUCAACACUGCCGUUUGAUGCCCAUUCUAGCCUCGGCUUUUGUCCACCAUGUCUUGGGAAUGAGUUUCUUCCAGGAUUUCAUCGACUUCAACGUGCUCAAGUUAAGUAAAUCCGAAGAUCCGGCCAUUUUGGCAGCCAUGGGCAUGGAAAUUCACGGCAUUUCUUCGGCUGGAAAACCUCUGACCAGUUGGACCGCUCAACAAGCUCUCCAAGAGUGCAGAGAAGCCUGUGGAGGUCAUGGCUACCUUAAAUGUGCUCGACUAGGAGAUCUACGCAAUGAUAACGAUGCGAAUUGCACCUAUGAAGGUGAUAACAACGUCCUGCUCCAACAGACUUCCAAUUGGUUGUCUACCUUGGAUCCUACUUCCCCAUCUCCAUUGGGAUCUACCUCAUUCUUGGAACGUAAGAAUGAGCUUGAACUAGGGAGUUUCAACUUCAGCCAGGAAUCGCCUUUGAACAUUGAGGAUAUCUUGGUGGUCUAUCAAAUGCUUUUGACAAGAUUGAUCAAGGCCUUCAAGGAAGUCAAUGCUAAGAUUUUUUCGACCAAUGGAGGCGAUAAGUUUGAUGCCCGCAAUCGGUCCCAAACUUUCCUUGGGAAGACGCUAUCUGUAGCCUUCAUUGAGCACUUUGCUUUGAAGCGAUAUCAUCGAUGGUUGAAGGAAUCGCAGAAUGACCUCGACAAAUUAACAACAGAUGCCUUGAACAAUCUGGGUCUUCUCUACGGACUCGUCCAUGUGGAGCAGAAAACAUCGUCUCUCUUGAAGUGUGGAAUUCUUGUACGAUCUAAGGAUGUGGAUAGAAUCCACGAAGACAUUAUUGCAAUCUGCUUGGCCUUGAAAAAUGACGCUAUUGUCCUGACAGACGUCCUUGCUCCAUCGGACUUCAUUUUGAACUCCAGUUUGGCCAACUUCAAUGGUGACAUUUACACAGACUUGGAGCAAGCCUUCACAUCGGACGGGCAAUGUUUCCAAAGACCCGAGUAUUGGAAAAAUCAGGUGGACUUCCUCAGAUCCAAGCUUUAAAAUCAUUAUUCAAUAUUCGGCCAAAAGCUCUUGCUUUCAAGAUACAUUUCAAAUCGGA